UCAUAAGACAUAAGACAAACAUUUUUUCUCUCUCACCCCAACAACCAAUUCAUACUAUUAGAGAAUUUUCAAGCUACUAUAUAUAUACUUCAGUUUUUGUACCUUCAACAACAAGAAAUUAAAUGGCAACUUCAUUAACAGAAGAUCAGAUUGCCAAAUUUCGGGAAGCUUUUUCUGUAAUUGACAAGGACUCUGAUGGAUUCAUUACUUUGGAAGAGCUUAUAGCAAUUUUACAACAAUUAGAUGGAAAUUCAACAAAAGAAGAAGUCCAAGAAAUGAUUAGUGAAGCUGAUAUUGAUGCAAAUGGGAUAAUAAAUUUUGAAGAGUUCUUGACUUUUAUGGGAAGGAAAAUCAAGGAAAAUCAGGCUGAGGAGUUAAAAGAUGCAUUUAAAGUGUUUGAUAGAAAUAAUGAUGGAUACAUAUCAGCCACUGAGCUAAGACAUGUGAUGAUGAAAAUGGGAGAGAGGCUAACAGAUGAAGAAGCUGAAGAAAUGAUAAGAGAGGCAGAUUUGGAUGGUGAUGGUCAAGUCAGCUAUGAAGAAUUUGCAAGAAUGAUGUUGCUCAAUUGAGGCUAUUAACAUGCAUUAUUAAUUUAAUUUAUUUUGUAUUUAGUCUAAUCAUUUUCAUUUUCAUUUGUAUAAUUUUUAUGACUUAUUCAAGCCUGAACAUAACUUAUGUUUUUGUUACACUACAUAAGGAAAAUACUAUACACGUGAGUUGGAGACUUUCACCUAAGUCAAAGAUAAUGUAAAGUCAACCUAGUUUGGUCUUUGGUGAUGUAACUUAGCUUGGUGAGAUUAAGGUCAAAGACUUUGAUUUAUUUGUCUUUGAAUAUGUAAAACUAACCUUCAUAAAUA